AUGGCGGACGACAAAGACACCCCUAUGGAGGAGGAGAUGGUAGUUGAGUCACUCAUCCAAGGACGCGCGAGACGGAGUACAGCAGGCCGUCUCAUGUCCACGCUGCUGAACGCAGAGGCAGACGACGAUCUCGCGCUCCUUUUCGAAGAAGUGGAUGACGACAAUGAAUUCUCCAUCGACGCCGCUGAGCAAGCUGGGGAGGACGAAGAUAUGGGACUGGAUUCAUCUUCCGACGAGGAAGACCAGGGACCGAGUGCCCGCGAGGACGACUACGAGGGGGAAAAGGAGAUUGAAAAGCAAGUCAAGGUCGACCGACAGAAACGCAGAGCCCGCGACGACCUACGGCUGAAGCUUGCCCGCAAGAAGGUCAAGAUCGAUCCCACCGCUGUCGCCGCGGUGCCGGCGCCCCGACCCAAGAAGAAAUCAGAGCGGAUCUCGUGGUUGCCUACGGUUGAGGAUGGGCCGACGCGGUCGUCCUCUCGUCGACAGACGAUGCAGAACAAAGAACUUACCCAUGCGCGACUCAAGGAUAGCGAAGAGAAGCGGAUCCGGUUGAUUGCGACCAUGGAAGAAGCAGCUAAACGGAAGGCCCUAUUGAAACCGAAGAAGAUGACACAGGCGGACCGUCUUGCAGAGGCCGAAAGAGUAGAGAGGCUGAACAGCAAGAGCCUCAGUCGCUGGGAAGAGAUGGAAAAGAGGAAGGCGGAGGAAAGAAGAGCCAAGAUCGAGGCACUACAGAACCGACGCCUCGAGGGGCCGGUCAUAUCUUACUGGAGCGGUGUUGCUACGUGGGUUGAUGGCCGUUUAACGCGUGUCGGAAAAGUUGACAUUACGCCAAAGCCAGAGAAGGAGGAGAUUCCGCGCAAGAAAAGCAAGAAGUCGGAGAAGGAAGCGAAACCUGCCACUGGGGAGACUGCGCAAGGCGGUUCUGCGGAGCGUGCUUCUUCACAGCCAAAGCCAGAUAACAAUGCCUCUGAGGUAAAAACUGGCGAAGACGGUGCGGCGGACAAAGCAGCUCCUUUGAAGCCUGAACAAAAUCUCGAGGCUUCCCAGAACCCAGGGACGAUACCGGACCCUUCGAGCACCGUCUCCAACAAUCCUCCGCCUUGUUCGGAGGCCGCGGCUACAGCAGAUGCGAAGCUCGAUCUAGCGACUCAGCCAUCAACAUCCGCACCUGACGAAGGAAAUAAAGAGAAGACUUCCGAAACGGAGCCACCAAAAAUAGAGACAGGACCGGCUAAAGAACCAAUCGAGCACAAACCUAUCGACGAAGCUCCAAAAGAAGAAGAAACAACAGCGGUCGGUUCAGAAACGCCGCGCGGUCCACCGAAUGCUCCGGCGCAAGCGACACCACAAGUACCGGAGGAGCCACCCGCGCCGAUAUCCGAACAGCCAAAGCCGGACGUGCCGCCAGCACCGCCCUCGGAUAAGGCUCCUGAGAGCACGGUUGCUGGAGUACCAACGAGCAAUCAACCUGUAUCUGCACCACCAGUGGCUCCUACGAUUGCUACUCUAACACCCACUGCUCAGGAUGUGACCGGCACACCGGCGCCAACGGACCAAAAACAGGAUGCACCAGUGGCAGCUCCCCACCCAGAGCAAGUGGCUCCCGAGAUACAUGUGGAUCAGCCGUCUGUUCCGAAUGAGGCAGCACCACAGCCGCAAAUCCCUGCUCCACCUCCGGUUGUUGAGCACACAGGACGAUUCCUAACGGUGCUCGAGAAUUUCGAUGAAGAGACGGCGCAGAGUCGCGAGUUUAGCAUUUAUUUCAAUGCCAAGAAGCCUCCUCGGCUAACUAAAAUAUCCUCGUCGCUCUGCGUCAUCACGUCUUUACCGUCGCGGUAUCGAGACCCCGAGACAUCGCUCCCUUUUGCGAACGCCUACGCGUAUCGCGAGAUCCGACGCACCGUCGCUCAAAAGUCGGCCUGGAGUCCCAUGCUUGGCUGCUAUGUUGGGCCUGCGGGAGUGGCCGCGCGUGGGGUCCCCGAGCGGUUUCUCGAUCCCCAGGCGCCAAGUGUCACCAAAGAAAGCGAGAAGAAAGAGGCCGGUAGCGGGGACGGUGACAAGAACACUGAAAACCAACCCCCUACUACUACUACUGCUACGGCAGAGAAACCCAAGGCCAGUGAGGCGAAGACGCCUGGGGGUGUUUCGAAUCCGUCUGCUCCAACUCCUCCUCCUCCUGCUACACCAGGUCCCGUGGCCGCAGGCGGCGGCGAGCCAAUGGACAUUGACAAACCAUGA